AUGGGAGUUUCUUCACAGCCUUCGCUUGCUCCCUUUUCUUUCAAAGACUUGGUGAAGAAGGGGGCUCAAGUUGAAACCCAGAACUCGUCUUGUGGGCAUCUGCGGAGAAAAGUGAAGGAAUCUCAGAAGGCAGUGAGCAAAAAAAGCGUUAACAGCAGAAGGCGAGGAAGGAUUCUAAUGAAGAGGAGGGCUCGCUUAAUGGAAGGUUGUAGAAGAGGAGACAACAAGAUGGAGAGGAGGAUGACGAAGUUGAAGAGGCUCAUACCCGACGGCGAGCGCAUGGGGUUGGAUGGACUCUUCAGAAAGACGGCCGAUUACAUUUUGGCUUUGCAAAUGAGAGUGAGGGUCAUGCAGAUUAUGGUUAAGGUAUUGACGGCUUCUGAUAAGUGA